AUGCAGUGGAGGACUCUGGGUUGCAUACUCCUGGUUGGCGUGAUUGCUGUCACCUGCAAAGGAAAAGGACACGUAUCGGUUAUUCUUCUUGGGGCUACUGGAGACUUGGCUAAAAAAUACCUAUGGCAGGGACUCUUCCAGCUCUAUCUGAAUGAAGUCUCAAGGGGUCACACCUUCAGUUUUCAUGGAGCUGCACUGACCCCUCCAGAAAAAGCAGAGGCGAUAAUGUUCAAUUCACUUAAGUCUCUGAGCUGUCCAGCUGAUGUUGAGGCUGACAGAUGUGCUCUUGUGAAGGACCAGUUUCUAAAGCUCACUCGUUACAGACAGUUGAAGACUGCUGAGAACUAUACAGCAUUGCAGCAGGACAUCCUUACUUCACUAGCAGAAGAAGACCUUCAUGAAGCUGGAAGACUUUUCUAUUUGUCAGUCCCUCCAUUUGCAUAUGCUGAUAUUGCUCGGAACAUCAAUGCCAGCUGCCGGCCACCCCCUGGAGCAUGGCUACGUGUCGUGUUGGAGAAGCCCUUUGGGCAUGACUAUGGGUCUGCUAUGCAGUUGGCCAGUGAUAUGCAAACCUUCUUUCGAGAAGAAGAGAUCUAUCGGGUAGAUCAUUAUCUAGGCAAACAGGCAGUUGCACAGAUUUUGCCUUUCAGACGGCGCAACCAAAAGAAUCUGGACUCAAUCUGGAACAGGCAGCAUGUGGAUAGAGUGGAAAUUGUCAUGAAGGAAACAGUUGAUGCAAAAGGCCGCGCCAGUUUUUAUGAAGAAUAUGGUGUCAUACGUGAUGUCAUCCAGAAUCACCUGACAGAAAUUUUGACCUCUGUUGCCAUGGAAGUGCCAAAUAAUCUUACCAGCUCAAGUGAUGUCCUGAGAGCCAAGCUGGAGUUAUUGGAUUCUCUGCACCCCCUGGAAGGCAGCCGUGCUAUCAUUGGUCAGUACCAAAACUAUGUGCAACAGGUCAGAGAGGAGUUGGAAAAACCUCCACAUUUUUUCACCAAAACACAGACAUUUGCAAGUGUCCUUAUCUAUAUUGACAACAUGCGGUGGGAAGGAGUGCCCUUUCUCUUGGUAUCAGGCAAAGAUUUGGAUGAGAGGACUUCAUAUGUCAGAGUUGUGUUUAAAGACAAUGCCUUCUGCCUGCAAAAAGAUUUGGCCCGGGACCCAGUUAAAAAUCCAUGUAAACCCAGGCAGAUUGUAUUCCACAUUGGACAUGGAGAGCUGGGUUUUCCAGCUGUGCUAGUAAGUCGGAAUCUAUUCAAACCAAGCCUUGUACCCAGCCAAUGGCAAGAAGUGUCUGAACUCCCAAAUGUCUUUUUGUUUGGUCAACCUCUGUCUGAUUAUCAUGUAUAUCAUCCAAUUCAAGAAAGAGAGGCUUACUCCAUACUAAUCUCAAAUAUUUAUCGUGGAAAGAAGGAGUCCUUCAUCACAACAAAAAAUCUGCUGGCUUCUUGGAAGUUCUGGACUCCCCUCCUAGAGGAGCUGGAGAGCACUUCACCAAGAGUCUACCCAGGAGGGUCAGAGAGCGGUCAUUUGCUAGACUUUGUAAUAGAACAUAGUGGGUUACGUUUUCUAACGGAUGAACACUUACAGAUAAUGGGCAUGGAGCAAAAGACAAAUGCAUUUGCUUCAACACAAUCCAAAUUCCUCAAGAACACCAUGGUGUCUAACUGGGCUGAAGAGCUGAUAGAGAAACUAGCACAGGACAUACAGAGUGCAGCGGAUGAAGCUGUGAAGAGGUCAGGCAGUUUCCAUCUGGCUCUCUCUGGGGGCUCCAGCCCUAUUGCUUUAUUUCAGAGGUUGUCCAGGCACCAUCAUGGCUUUCCAUGGAAACACACGCAUUUGUGGAUGGUGGAUGAACGCUGUGUGCCAUUUACAGAUAUUGACUCCAACUUCCGUAGCCUUGAAAGACACCUGUUGCAGCAUGUCAGAGUCCCUUAUGUAAAUAUUCACCCCAUGCCUGUACAUAGGAACCAAAGGCUCUGUGCUGAAGAGGAUCUGGGUACCCAGACCUAUGCUCAGGAUAUCUCUGCCUUGGUCAGCAAUUCAAGCUUUGACCUUGUACUAUUAGGACUGGGGAAUGAUGGCCAUACUGCUUCCAUCUUCCCUGGCUCUCAGAAUGGGAUCACAGGAGAUGAAUUGGUGGUAUUUUCAAGAAGUCCAAUAAAGCCCCAUGACAGGAUGAGCUUUAGCCUCCCACUUAUUAAUAAAGCCCGGAAAAUUGCUGUCCUAGUCCUAGGUAAAGGGAAGCAUGAUAUUGUAACUCUUAUUAGCAGAGCAGAAAACAAUCCCAAUAAAUGGCCAAUCUUUGGGAUCAAACCAGAAUCUGGGCAGUUGGUAUGGUACAUUGAUUAUGAAACUUUGUUUAAGUAA